AUUUCUGUGUGGCCAUGUGUCACAGCUUCGGUGCACAGCAUUUGUUCUAAUCCAGAUACUUCUCUGUGUCUCCUCUGCCUCUCUCUCUCUCUGUUCUGUACUACACAGGGUUCUUGCUAAGUGGAAUAAGCAGGGAAAAAGGAGAAUGGGAAGGAUAUUUGUUGUAGAAUUGGAAGGGAGGCCUUACAGAUGCAAGUUCUGUGGAACGCAUUUAGCUCUUCCUGAUGAUAUUGUCUCCAGAGGUUUUCAUUCUCGCCGUGGAAAAGCAUACCUCUUCAAUAAUGCGGUGAACAUCACUAUGGGUCCCUUGGAAGAGAGGGUGAUGCUUUCAGGAAUGCAUACUGUGGCCGACAUAUUUUGCUGCUGUUGUGGACAAAUAGUCGGGUGGAAAUAUCAUGCGGCACAUGAGAAUGCCCAGAAAUAUAAAGAAGGAAAGUUUGUCCUUGAAAGAGGGAGGAUUAUGGAUGAAAUGGACUGUUCCACGGAAAUUUUUAUUGACACCCACCCAGCUAGUGAUGCUGAAGAUGCAUAGUAUCUGAAUUUUGUAGAAAAAAAGACUCGAGGGAUUGUUAGGAAAGGAAAGGCCUACCUUACCUUUGUAAGUAUGUAUUAACUAUACUAUAAAGAUUGAUCUGUUGUCUUUUGCCCUACCGUACUACAAUUACCCUGUUAUCAUUUCUACAGUCAUGCAUGGCUUUCUUUCUCUUAAAUAGAAAUUUCAGAAUUAGAUUCAUUGGGUG